ACGCUGUAAGCGGUAAACGCUACACAAAGAUAAAUCAAUGAAUGGAUAGUUUACGAGGAGUUGAGAGCAGAUCAGCACCUGUAGUAUUGCAUAGGAUACGCAGACAUUCCCAUACAGUGACAGGUGUUCCUAUUCCAGGAAUCUCAGCGGAUGGCAUCGGCUCGCCGACAGACCACGCUCACACUCCUCCCGGUGUGCUGACUAAAAUCGAUACGAUUCAGACGAAGAAAUCGUCGAUUGGCAGCAGUGUCGGCCUCAUAAGCGCACAAUUCAGCGAACGGAAGAUGAAUUGUAAAAAUUGUAAUAAGAAGACCAAUUGUUGCUGUAAAAAAUGUACAUUAGAAAAGCUAAAAAUAUAUUCCCGACGAGAGAAUAUUACACAAAGAUAUGAAGAAAAAGAACGACUUCAAGCAGAAAUACUAGCUUUCAUUGAUCCAACAGAGUCUCUGAAAGAGCAGAUAACAAUUAAAGAAGAUCGACUAAUAAAGCUUCAUAUUGCCGUUGAAAAUGCAAAAAUGCGGAUUGCAAUGAAGCAAAGUGAAGUGAAUAAAUUGGAUACUACUCCACAUUCUAAACCAUCACAAUUUGAUGCAGUUUUCACCUCACAGAGCAAUUUCAUCUCGAGAGCUGAUAUUAAGAAAAAAGAAAAAUCAGAAAGAUUAACGAAACUCGAAGAGGAAGUCGCUAAAAAGCGUCUAAAAUAUUGUAUUCAUGCGUGUCGCAUAUUUCCAGUUCAAGUGUAUGAUGUCAACGUGGAAAGUGUGACUGUGAAAUCGAAAAACUCGAAAAAUUGGGCAGUUGUGAACGAUUCAGAGCUGCAGAAGGGUUUAAGAAUAGCGAUUCGAAACUCCUACAUCAAUGAUAAACUACGAGCAAAGCUAGCAAAUCAACUAUCAAAUGGAACAAUAAGUCUUCCAUUGGAUCUACAUCCACCAUUUGCUGCCUUCACCAAUACACUUCAACUCGUUCAUUUAUUGAGUGUGAUUUUCAAUUUCCGACCACCAGAAACACUUUCUCAUCAUGAUUUGUGUAUUCGUGAACGGUGGACAAAAGAAUCAUUGAAUCGAGAUUGGUCGACUCUUUGUGAUGCAGUUAUCUAUUUGUGUAUAUUUAUUGGAAUGUCACAUACAAAAUUGAAGUACACUGAUCCACAUCAUAAUCUUAUUGCCCUCGCGUCUUUCGUUGUUAACGAUUAUAACAACAUUAAUCGAAUUGGGAGUCGUCCAAUGUGUGAUCUUUCGGAAGUUCAUGCCCUUAUUGAAGCUCAACGUCCAGAGGAUUGUCAGAAGAAAGACGAACUCGAUGAAUCUUGGACAUUUGUUGACUAAUUCAGAAUCUUGUAUCAUUUUGUAUAUUUUACUGCAUUUCUCCCCAUACCCUUCGUUUUCUUCCUCAUCUGCAUUUUCACGUGUAUUUUUUCAAAUUUUUUGUACUAUGAAAUUAAAGUGUAGCA